UACCUACGGCGACGAUACUGGGCGGCCCCGAGUUGUAUGUCGGUGCGGGCAGCACGAUAAACCUGACGUGUGCCAUACGCUUCAGUUCGGAGCCACCAGCCUUCAUCUUCUGGUACUACAAUGAGAAAGUCCUGAGUUACGACAGUCCCAGGGGCGGCGUCUCCGUGAUAACCGAGAAGGGUGGCGACGUUACCACCUCCUGGCUUCUCAUUCAGACGGCGCAGCCCUCGGACUCCGGGGAGUACAGCUGCAAGCCCAGCAACGCCAAUACGGCGUCUAUCAGGGUUCAUGUCCUAAAUGGUGAGUCUUUGCUCCUGCGAGGUACGCCAGAGCCCAGAGCUCCGUUCUUGUCGACGCGAUUUUACGAGCGACGCGAGACAACGGCCGCGAAAUGUCAUGUAUUUUCGGUACAACUCGCUAUUUCUUCAUCAGCCGAGGUAGCUAGGUAGCUUAAUUAAAAAUUUUACGUUUCGUAUAUUUAUUUGCCUCUCUCUAAAGCUUCUCUCUAAAGCGGAACGUUUUUGACAUUUAUUUGAACAACGAACUAAAUGACCACUGCAAUUAAUUAUUACGUAUCGUAUAUAUUAAAUCUCGCAUUGAUUCGUUAAUAAGCAUGAGUCUUUUAAUUGCUUUACUGAAAAGCAAUUCGCAACGAAGGAAAGAUUUCGUGUUUCCAUGUCUUUUCGUACCGGGCAAACUGCUCUAAACUGGCACCAAAAAAUUUAAGAUAAUUAUAAUUAUCGAGUAAUAAAAAUGCGCUUGCUAGCCUAAAUUCUCAUGCCUGCUUACAAUUCCGUGGAAUUAAUAUAAUUCCGUUGUGCUACGACGAUUAACUAUCGUGUCGCUUCGAGGCGCCAGAAUUCCGAAUCAACCUGGCCAAUCUGCCAAGUUGCAAUUUCCGUCCCUCGAAAUGAAUUCCCAAAGCGUACUGGCUGUCAUCGGGUCUUGCUUUAUAGCGUGCAAAAUUAUUUUAUUGACCGUCGCUCUGCAGUUCACAUCCCGCAUAGAGAAGCUGUAGAUGUUAACUAUUCACACAGCCAGCUCGUAAACUCGAACCGUUCCGCGUCCGCGAUCGUUAAAACUACUCAGGACCGAUAGUGGAUCGGAAAAGUUUCGCGGCACCGAAAUGCGCGUAUAGAUCCGCUGUUCGCCGGACUAGAAAUCGAUAAACGGAUGAUAACGAAAAAGAGGUGAAAAACACGGUGAACAGCGCGCCUCGGCGCGCAAAAAGUCUCUAUUCUUUUAUACUUUCUUAUCACGUGUUCUUUCUUAUCCCUCAUU